AUGGAAGUACCAGUUGUUGCUCAAAUUGGUCAUAAAUGGUGCUGUUGUGGUCGUGCAGGUGAUGUUGAUCCUAUUGAUGUUAGAGAUAUGCCUUCUGGCUGGCUAGAUGAUGACUUCGCUAUAUAUAACUUAAUGAGAAAUUGGAUUCGCGACGUAAUAAUGGGAGACCCAUAUAGGCUUAAGGUUGUUAUUAUAGAGAAUAUUCUGCUGGAUUUACCAAGGAAGCGUAGAUUAUGCCAGGUGUUGCUAAAUAGGUUAAAGGUCAAUAGUGUUGUAUUUUUACCCGACGUGCUUAUGAGUUGUGUGGCAAGUGGUGUUUCCAAUGCCCUAGUCGUGGAUAUUGGAUGGGAGAAUACUUUAGUAGCACCUGUCAUAGAUUUAAGGAUAUUAGAAAAUUAUAUGGGCAUUAGUACAGUCGCUUCGAGGCACCUGGCGGAUGAGCUAUGUGCAAAAUUUGGUGUCUUAGACGGAGAACAGACUUUAAAGCAACUCAGGAUUGAGUCAGAUAUCGAAUUGAACGAUAUGAGAAUUGAUUGGAUAAAGAUUCAAGAGUUGUUAGACAAUGCUUGUGGAAUAGAGGUUCAAAAUGGGGAAUACGAUAUCGACGAUCAUGCAAUAUUACCAUUAGUUGAUAAAGUAGUUAAGAAAUUACCAGUAGAUGUGAAGGCUGAAGUACUGAAAAAUAUUGUUAUAAUAGGUGGCAUAUCAAAUGCGGAUGGCUUUAAGCAGCGACUCAUUACGAGUCUGAAAAAGGAGUAUCCCAAUGCUAGAGCUCUUCAGACUCUUAGUACAUGGCAAGGUGGAAGUAUUUACACUUUCCAUGCUCUAAUGCAACAGGAUCUAGACUUAAUGGAAGUCAAAAAAGACUUGUUCGAGAAGAAUGGGAUAGUGCCAGACUGGCACCUGCAAAAAUUUAUGUGA